AUGAUGGCAGAUCGAUCGCCUCUCCCCUCGCUCCACCAGGCGCUCAACUCGCCCGACUUCGCUGCGACGAUGGACUCUCUGCUCAUCAAGGCGCGCCCCGCACCAGCGGUGAUCGCCGCUGCCGCGACGUCGCAGCCCAUCGAGCCCCGCAUCCCGACGCCGGUGCGGCUCAGUUGCGACGGCCCGCCGCCCGCGCUCCACCGCCUCCCGCCCCGCGACGGCAACCACGUCUUUGACUCCAUCACCGGCGGCGGAGCGGCGUCGCUGGAGCGGCUGGUCCAGGACCUGGCCAAGCUUCACGACGGCCGCCUGCGGAGCCAAGUGGUCUCUGUCCAUGAUGAUGCAGAUGAUGGUGCAUUGAGGAAGAAGAGGCGCAGGCUGUUGGGCGAUGAGGGUGGUAGUGAUGGGAGCGACUCGGACGACCAGCUGCCGCUGUCCAGCGGGGAAUCGACGCCGUCGUCGCCGAUGUCGUGGUCAUCGUCGUCGUCAUCAUCGACGCUGCCGCCGCUUUCCUGGUUCAGCUAUCCCUUCAAGUUCCCGACGCUCACCACCACGAUGCGCUCUUCUUCGUCCAUGGCGGUCUCCACCAGCUCUUCCUCGACAUCGUCGUCUUCCACUUCCUCAACCAUUCCUACGAUCGCGGCUGCGGCGCUGUCGCCUGCCUCGUCGCCUCCUCGCUUCACCUCCUUCUCCGCCACCCACGAUCCGUUCGUCGAACAAGCUCCCUCGCCACCCAAGAAGAAGCGAAAGCCGCGGGUGAAGAUCACGGGGCGCGUGUGCGCGCACUGCGGCGCGGUGAAGACGUCGGAGUGGCGCAUGGGACCCGAGGGCCGCGGCACGCUCUGCAACGCGUGCGGCCUGCGCUACCGCAAGAAGCUCAAGGCCGAGUCCCAGCAGGGCCAGGGCCAGCUGCAGACCAGCAAGAUCCCCUUGAGCAUGCUCCUCAACUCGUGCCCGGCCCUGCCGCCCUCCCAUCUGCGCAGCCAACGCCGCACGCCGGAGCAGAACAACAACAACAACGAUGAUGGCGACGACGAACUGAUGGUGGUGCGAGGGCGGCCGACAGCCACAGGCCGCUCUGGCGAGGGCGCGGCGCGAGGCAACAGCACCGGCAACUUUGCGGCGGCGAUCGCGUGA